GCGGCGCAGAUUCCGGCAUUGCUUCCACAGUAGUACACGCCAACUCUCUCUUCUCUUCUCACACCGUAUAAAAACUCAUUCACACCAUCAAUCAAAUACACCGAACUUGUUUAAUAAGUCUCAGAAACACUCACUCACUCGAUUCUUCUCAAACCGUCACCGUCGAGGCUAUGCCCACCAACGAAGACUUCCAGAGUGUUUCAAAUUGCUAUGUGUUCAAGAGCCGAUUGCAGGAGUAUGCACAGAAGGCGGGGCUGCCCACGCCUGUCUAUGAAACUAUUAAGGAAGGGCCUUCCCAUGAACCUUCUUUCAGGUCAACAGUGAUAGUGAACGACGUUCGGUAUGAUUCUUUGCCUGGAUUUUUCAACCGCAAGGCAGCAGAGCAGUCGGCCGCCGAAGUUGCUUUGGUGGAGUUGAUCAAAUCUAAUUUAGUUAAUCAAUCCAUCACUCAACCUGUUUGUUUCUUCCAGCAUGAAACAGGAUUAUGCAAGAAUUUACUUCAGGAAUAUGCUCAGAAAAUGAACUAUGCAAUGCCUAUGUAUCAGUGCAAGAAGGAUGAAACACCAGGCCGGGCAUCAGUAUUUUCAUGUACGGUUGACAUUGGGGGGAUUCUAUAUAUUGGGGGAGCAGCAAAAACAAAGAAGGAAGCAGAGAUAAAAGCUGCCAGAACUGCUUUAUUAGCUAUCCAGUCAAGUGCAUCGCAAGCUUCCCAAGACCAGGUUGGCCAUCCACAGUUGACAGUCCUUCCAUGCAGAAAAAGGGCAACAGAAUCUGUUGCCAUAGCUGAUGAGAAUUCAAAUCCCCCAAAGCCUAAGAAAGCGCGGUUUAAGAGGAAGUCUUCCAAGAGGAAACCCUCUAGAGACAAGAUGGGCCAAAUUCAUACUGAAAACUUGGGCAUUGGAGCAAAUAUCAAUCAUGAGGUAGAAACACAUGCAAGUGUUAAUGGUGAAUCUGGCAUCCUUGAAAAGAAAUCCGAAACAUUCACUUCAGAAGCCACCAACAAUUUUGAGAAUGGAGUAUCAGUUAAUUAUCAAGAGAAAGAAACAUUGGCUGGGGAGAGUUCUCUUGCUGUCAAUAGCCAGGAAGGAAUUUUUGAGAAUGGGAAGUCAACAGAAUUAUAUUCCAAGGAGAACAAUCUUGUGACUGUUGUUACAGAACUAUCUUCUGUGUCAAAUGGAGGCAUACCGGAAACAGGUGUGGAGGUGAACAAACAGCAAUACAAUGGAGAAAUGGUUUCUGACCAUUGUGUUGUGGGGGGUUGAGGCUUAUUGAAUUAUUUAAAUUGGAAGGUAAGAUUCAAGCAAUGGCAGUCAUUUAUUAGUGUUAGGAACCUUGAGGCUUCCAACUGUUUUUCUUUGUUGGGUGUCACUCAAUUAGGAAAGUAAAAUACAGGAUGUGAUGAUUCUCAUAGCAUGUUGAUAAUUUUUAUCGUUUAACUGAUGAGGGUGUUUUAACACCAUUUAUUUAUGUUGUAUUAGUAUAUUUUGAGUUAUCUGCUCCAUUUGUCCGCGACAUGGGACAUGGAUUUGGACGGGUUUGAGUUUAUAUUAAAAACGCUGUUUCCUUUCAGAGUUUAACGUUACAUUUGAAA